UAAGCGGGAAAAUUCUUUUGAUUAUUGUCCACUGAUUUCUGAUUUACUGUUUUGCUGUUCAUCAAUAUUUGGUUAGUGUUGUCAUUUCCAGACACACGAAGUAAGAUCUAGUUUUCCAGUAACAAUAGAAAUGCGUAACGUAGAGAUAAAAGCGAAAAUCAGUGAUUACGAUGCAAUUUGCGAGAUUGCUGAGGCGCUGAGUGGUUCGCCACCAACUGUGAUCCAACAAGACGACACGUUUUACAAAGUAAAUAAAGGCAGAUUGAAAAUGAGGGUGUACGCCAACACCUCUGCAACCCUCGUGAGAUAUGAUCGAGAUGAUAAAGAAGGUCCGAAGCUAUGCGAUUACGAUCUGUUGCAAUUUUCUGUCAGUGAAAGUAAAAAGGCAAAGGAUUUGGAUGAUAUCUUGCAAAAGUGUUUGGGAAUACGCGGUAGAGUGGUUAAAGAGCGGAGACUGUACAUGGUUGGCCAAACCCGUAUACACAUAGACAAAGUACAAGACCUUGGUAACUUCAUGGAAUUAGAAGUGGUGCUCCGACCAGAACAGAGUUUGCAAGACGGUCAAGAUAUAGCAAGGGACCUACAAACCAAACUUGGUGUUAAGGAUGAAGAUUUAAUACAGUGUGCCUAUGUUGAUUUGUUGGAUGAAAAAGAUUAAUGUUUCAGUUAUGAGUAAUUUCAUUGAUUGUCAAUGGUGCUUUUGGACUGUGAAAAAUUGAAUGUACAAAGUUUCAAAAAAAAAAAACAAGUGAAUUU